AUGUCCUGCAACCUUGCUAUUCGUCUCUCUCCUCGUUUCGAAAUAUCACCAUCGACCAUCUAUACCAUCAUCAUGUCGACCACAAAUUCCGUCAAUGAUGGCGCGGCUGGUACCGCCACCACCACCAACAGCAGCAACAACAUCAACAAUAACAGCAGCAACAAUAACAACAACAACAAUCACGCCGAAAGAGCUGGCUCUGGCGUUGAAAACGGGGGCCGUCGUGCCCGUAGAAGACGAAGAAGGCGAGACUUAUUCGAUAUUAAUCUUGUUCGAGCAGUCCGCGGGGGGGUUGUUACUCUCCCAGAGUAUGCCGGACGCGGCAAAGGCAGUGAUGGGACAUUGUCCCAAAGCCAAGUCAGAGAAGCUGUGAGCCUGGGGCUCAUCAAUAGACAACAGAUUAGACAGCAGCAGCAGCAGCAAUACCGACAGCGACGAAACCAGCGAAAGGCCCAGCGACGGGCCGAGAAGCGGGUCGAGAAGCGGGCCCAACAAGCCCAGCAGGCUCAGCAACAGCAGCAGCAACAGCAAAUGAACGAGCUGGACCAGCAGCUUGGAGGGCUGCGGUUGGACCAAGAGGGUGAGGAGGAGGAAGAAGAAAGAGGAGAACCGAUGGAGAUGUGA